AGUGGCAAGUUGUUUGUUACAUUGUAACACCAGCUGCUUUCUGCACUCUGGAGCUUCUGCUGCCUCUGAGCUCCUUUAACUCCUUUUGCCUCUGGUCCUUUGCUUAGCUUCCCCCUCGCCCCGUCUUCUCUUGCUUUAAACCUCUCUCUAACUUUCACCUCGGUUUCCUCCCCCCACCCCCACCCCCGCUCCCUCCUCUUUCCUGGAGUCUUAAAGGGGGAGAAGAAAAUUAAUCAUAAAAACCUCCCAUUUAAAAAAAAUUAUUAAUAAUAAUAAUAAAAACCUGGACCCAGGCACAGAUGAACUACAAAUGAGAAAAAGGAAAAGAUGGAGCUCCACAUUUUAGAGCACCGGCUCAAAGUAGCCAGCAUAGCCAAGGAGAGCAUCCAGUUGUUUACCUAUGGAUUAAUCAAACUUGCUUUCCUUUCCUCCAAGACCAGGUGCAAGUUCUUCAGUCUCACAGAAACGCCAGAGGACUAUACGAUCAUUGUGGAUGAAGAGGGGUUUCUAGAGCUCCCUUCAUCAGAACACUUGAGUGUGGCAGAUGCUACGUGGCUGGCUCUCAAUGUGGUUUCAGGCAGAGGCAGCUUCUCCAGCUCCCAGCCCAUCGGGGUGACCAAGAUUGCCAAGUCAGUAAUAGCGCCGCUGGCUGACCAAAACAUUUCUGUAUUCAUGCUGUCCACCUAUCAGACGGACUUCAUCCUGAUACGUGAGCGGGACCUGCCCUUCGUGAUGCAUACGCUGGCUGCUGAGUUCACCAUCCUCAGGGUCGUGAAUGGGGAGACGGUGGCUGCUGACGACUUCGGGAUAACGAAUGGGUUUGUCAAGCCAAAAUUGGUUCAGAGGCCUGUUAUCCAUCCUCUUUCAAGUCCAAGUAAUAUGUUCUGUGUCACCAGCCUGGAUCCAGAUACCCUUCCAACUGUUGCUACACUCCUAAUGGAUGUCAUGUUUUACUCCAAUGGAGUAAAAGACACGGUGGUGGGCAGUGAAGACUCUGGACACAUUCGCUUUUUCUCAUUCUCUCUCAUUGAGGGUUACAUCUCCUUGGUGAUGGAUGUACAGACACAGCAGAGAUUUCCUAAUAAUUUGUUGUUUACAAGUGCAUCUGGAGAACUCUGGAAGAUGGUUCGGAUUGGCGGGCAGCCACUUGGCUUUGAUGAAUGUGGAAUUGUUGCUCAGAUUUCUGAGCCUUUGGCUGCCUCCGACAUCCCAGCCUACUACAUCAGUACUUUUAAGUUCGAUCACGCAUUGGUACCCGAAGAAAAUAUAAAUGGUGUCAUCAACGCACUCCAAGUCAGUCAAGCUGAAAAACAUUAGAAAUCUUCUGAGCUGGUUGCAGAUGCUUUUUUAUUAUUAUUCUUUUUCUCACAGUAUUUCUUGAAAAAUCUGAUUCCGGAGAGAGAGAUUGAGGUGCCAUGAAAAAAGACUGUGAACCGAUGAGCAGAAGCAACUCCAACAAGCUUUUUUUCUUUCUGUCUUAAAAGUGGGAGGGCGGGGAGUUGUUAUGAUGGUUUCCUGACAUUAGACUCCAAAGCAAACUGCUUUCCUGCUUUUUUGGUGUGAAAGGAAUUGCAGGUAGACAGGCAGCCUCUCGCUGAAAUGCAGAGGUAUAGACAGAUUGCAUACACAGUAGCUUUAGGGAGAGCUUCAAAACAACACCUGAAAGGGAAGAGCUGCUCUUUUAGCAGAGAGCAUGAAAAGCAUAAAUGAAAGAAAUGUGGAAUUAAAAGGAAAACAAAACAUUGAACUGUAUUGAUCUUUCCACUAGCAUCAGACUAUAUAAAAAUGGUAACAAUCCCUUAUGAUCUAUGUUCAGAUUGGGUACUAUUUUCCUUCACAAUUCAGUGUUGUGAGAGGGUGGGAAAUAAAAUAUUUUUUUCUUCUGCAAUUCAGAAUUGGCUGCACAGAGAACAUUGCAGCAUGGUUCUUUAUUAAGGGCUGUCUUCUGCCGGUCUGUACUUUGGGGGCCUCUGUGUGCUGUUGAAGUUAUGUAUAUUAGCUCCAUUUUCCACAGUCCCCCAACAUCCUCUUACGACAACAUUGUGUCUAGGCAUCCUUCCAAGCCCAAGAAAGUUUGCCAUUCUCUGAUGUCCAUUAUCUCAUGCCAUUCCUUCCCUUUUCCCCGAUUCCCAAGCUCUUAACAUGUAGGGAUUGAGGAUGGUUGUAAAGAGGCCCACUUGCGUAACCAGCCUAGUAGAUGCAGGUGAUGUACACUCAAAUCCACUCCCUUCCAUUCCUACUGAGACACUUUCGCUCCCCUGAUGCUGUUCUGCCACAUCUCUAUUCACAAGGGUAAGGAAGCAUCCGAAAGUCCCGAGCUCAUGGCUUCCUCAAAUGAGAACUCCUCCUGGACGCAACAUUGGUUUUAUCAGUGUAGCUCAGGGCUCUGUUGCCUUUCUGCACCCAUUCAUGUCCUUCUGCGGCCAAGGCUCUUGGUGAACGCGUUGCCAUCCAGUAAAACGGUUGGCCAAGAGCGCUGUGCUUUUGCAGGGGAUGUUGAUACCUGUGCCCUUGGGGUCCUAUUUAUUUCACCUGCUACUUAAUUUCUUUGGUGAAAUGUGGUUCUGGUUUGGCUGUGAAGCUAGGAGUGGGAGUCUUUUCAUUGACUCGGUCUCUUUGCUAACUACAAAGCCCCGAGGGCCUGCUCCAAAGCCACUGAGUGCUACAGAAAUGUGCUGAAACUCUGACCUGGUUCCUUAUCCCUGUAUUACCAGUUCUUUUAGAGGAAAGUGAUGUUGGUCUUUAAUAGACAGCCCUACAGCCUGCAGUCCUGCCAGGAGCUGCUUACAUUUUGACAUCCCCUUGCAAAAGAAGCAAUGAGCCAGUGGGAACGAAACUCAGUAGCCCAACGUUUUACCUGGUGCCAUGCAUCUUGUUCAGCCCACUUCAGAACUGCCCCACGGUCAAGACAGGGGUCAAUCUGAUGGUGAGUAUAGAGCGGGGAGGGCAAACAUCGCAUGGGAGUCUGCAAUGAAUGCACCUGAAAUGCCAUACGUCAGCAGCAACCCGCUCUCUGGUGAGACACAGGAUCUGUGAAGAAGAAGGCCACAUUGAGAUCUUGUUUCAUAGGUGGGAAACUCUAAGGUGCCACAAGUACUCCUUUUCUUUUUGAAUUUCCCUUGCACCUUUUAACCUGUUUUACCUCUUCCCCCCACGCUUUUUUUUUUUAAAUUAAGAAAUCGUGGAUCCUGUAGCUUUUGUGAGGAUUUACAAUCCCAGUGUAACUUCAGAGAGAACCACCUACACAGACCUGUAUCUUGCAGAUUUUCUCCAGGCAUCUGUUCCCAACCAGUACAUAUGAUAUAUUCAUACGUGUGUGUAUGUGUUUAUGGUACAGACACAGAUACAGACACGCUGUUUACAAUGUCCUUCAGAUUACGCAAGUAUUAAGAGCCUGAUAUUUGGUUUAUCAGAAAACACCCUCUAGCCCUGAUGUUGCAGGGCCCACAAAGUUAAUGGAGGAUCCUUUUUGGGGGAUUUUUUCAAUCAAUCUGUUAAACAGUUAAGGAAACUAGAGCAUCUUUAGGCAAUAACAUGGAUCUCUUUCCUUUUUCCCUAAUUCAGUCCACCAUCGUUAAGUGCUUCACUUUAAACACCUGCUUACUUUCCAUUGACUUAAGCCUAUGUUCAAUGUUAAGCACGUACUUAAGUGCUUCACUGAACUGGGGCCUUAAAAAGAACAUUUUGCUUUCCCUUUAGGCAGCUUUUCAACUGCCCCAUGGAGAACUAUAGUAACUCUAGACUUUGGGGGUUAAUGCUAAUUACAGAUACGACACCCUGUGUCUCUGGAUAUUUGCUCGAAAAGCUGCUUUCCUCAUGCUCUUUUGCAGCAUAUACACAGACAUCUUGUGUAGUGUGAUCUUUUUAAAAAAAAAAAAUCCCACCUACUGAAGGACUAAAAUUGGUAUACAAAACUGUUCUUUGCCUAAAGAGUACUUAUGUCAAACCACAAGUCCCAACUGAAGUCUGGCUGAGCUGUUGGAAGGUUAUGGGGGUUUGUUUUGUUGCUUUUCACAGUACAGACACUAUAGGGUUUUCCCCCAUUGGGACAGUGAAUGUGUCCCUUUGUGGGACUAUGGUUUUAUUUAGCGAUGCACAGACUCCUUGAAUGAGAUCAAAACUGCCAUGUACAACUUGUCAUUCAAGGUCUUUGAGCAGUAGAGCUGCAGACUUUUUUGCAAUGUUGUGGGGCUAGAAAAUUUUGCUUAUCAAGGAUGUUAGCUAUCGGAAAACUAUUAUUAAUUAGUUUACACACUGGAGAACAAUUACAUGUGUUACCCUCUCCAUGUGAUAUUUCUGCUUCCUUAGGACGAAGACGUUUAUCUGAGGGGAUUACUUGAAAUGAGCAGCAACUUUACUGAGCCUUAACAGAAACAGGAAAAUAAUGAUCUUGUUAUAAUUGUUAUUUACACUGUGCACUCAGGCUAGUCUAGAUGACAAUAUUUUUUUUUCCGAGGGAGUGGACCUUAAGUUUAUGAUGAUUACGGAUGUCUCUGGUGUGCUUUAGAACUCUCUUCACAAGGCAGAUCGAUAUGCUGUCAUAAAAACAUUAGCCUUGAAAAGUCACGUGGUGUGGUAUGACAUUGAGUGAUUCAGUAUCUCUAAAGUGGCCAUAGGAUUUGCUGUUUUUUCCCCUCUCUUUUUGUCUUCGUAACCACAGAAAACCUAGAUUAUUUUGGACAACUGUCUGGAUAAUUUGAUGUGGUAGCUAAGGAGUCUUUGAAGAGCCAGUGCAAUAGGCAAGUUGUACCCUGAUGAUGAGAACUAAGCUGUAAUUUCCAGCUCGGGGAAUCAGAGCUGUGCUAACUCUGAUCAAGUUAAUAUGCUAAAAUUAGCCGUGUAGCCAAGGUGGGGCAAGUGACAGGACGGGCUUGCCGCCAGAGUAUGUAUCUAGAAUUUCAAACGGGAUCUUACUCAAGGCAGCUAGCCUUUCCACUGUUUCUGCAGCUUCACUGAUCUUUGUAGCAUGCUAGCUUGACCAGAGCUAAAGUGGAUAUGUCAAUCCACGCUGGAAACAACACCUCCAGCACCAGUGUAGACAUAUCCUAAGAAACUAGUAAAACAACCAGGUUUGGUGCCAGGAUGGGGCGUUGAACACCUGAGAACUAGUGCAAGAUGUGAAUGGGAUCUUCAUGGUUUCAGCAUCUGUCAUUGGCUUGGACCAGUACCUCAGACCCAAAUUUGGGGAGAGUUCAGAUUGGGAUCCUGCUCUGGCCCAUGUCUAGCUGGUAUAAGGGCUGUGCGUUGCUUGUAUGUUACAGCAGCUAUUAACUCUGCAGGCUAUGCUUGCUGGGUGGGGUGGCGACAGGAGGGGAAAUCCCCUAAAACAACAUGUCAAACCUUUGUUUAAAACAACCCAACGACUUCACAAUACCCUUUCUUUUAGCACUGGAGGAAAUCCAAGUGGAUGUACCUUCCUCGCAGUGCUGACCCCAAACUACACAGCUUACUCCACUGCUGUGAGCUUUGGAGCCUUGCUGCUACCCUUUUCCCUCCAGCAUUGCAGCACUUCUCUGCAAGGGGCAGAGCAAGGAAAUCCAAGACACUCUGAACAUGCUCAGGAUGAGUGGAGUCGCAGCAGUAGGGUAAGGAAAGGAAUCCUUUCCUAGGCAUGAUCUGGAUUGCCACAUCCAUUUGGCCCUGCUGCCGCCCCAGCAGUCUUUAGCACCUGAUUUUGUGCAAAAAAUAGAUAUUUUCAAGGGUUGGGUUUUGUUUUUUAUUUAAAGCCUUGUAACAGUUGUGUCUCUGUAAGGAUUGGUGGAAUUGCACUACUCCUUAAACAUUACAUAUAUGAGGGAAGAGUGGGAGAUAAGUGUGUAAGAGUGAUUCUGUAUUCCUUCAGGCAUUCUGCAUAAAUAAAACCAUGGCUCUGCCUUCAACCCACCAGGGCUGAACCUAACUGCGUGAGGCUCUCUCUGACCCUUGUGUUGUGGAGUUUUAUUCAGCGGUGGUUGCUGAUCCAGCUGGAUUUUUGAAGCUUACAUUAACUGCAUGGAAUCCUCUUCACUUUCUCCCCUCCUGCCCCCAUCUUCAUUGCGUUGCACAAAAACUCAACAACCACCAAAAGGUUUAUGCGCAUCUGUUUCUAAAAGGGAGCAAGGGAAAAGCAGUUCUCAGUCUCCUUCCUUAUUUCCCUGAGGCCUUUGUUUUCUUAGAAAUAUAAACCUCUGAUGCGUGUUACUAUGUAGCAAUGACUAAUUUUUGUCUUUUUCUAUUGAUUUCAGCUGCAGAUCCCUUUUUGCUGUGCGAGUGCGGGUGUGUACGGUCCUAUAAAUGUAGCGUGUUUACAGAGAAAUACUAGUAUGUAUCUAUUGUACACAUAUAUAAAUACCUGUGUUUUCUGUUUUAUGGCUAUAUACUGUACAUGGCAUAUAUACUUGAGCAAUAUAGGUUAAUAUAUACUAUGUGAAUGUGUGUAUAUUCUAGAUACACACUUAGCGUGUGUAUAUGUAAUAAGUACUGUUUACACACAUAUAUUCACCAUAUAUUUUUAAUUCAAGUAUAUAGGCAAUGUGACUAUUUAGAUAUGGUGGCUGGAUUUCUCAAACCUUUUUAAAAAAGGAGAAGCAGCUAAUGAAGCACUGGCUUUUUUCUGUUAAUGAAGCACUGUUGCCAGUAGGCAGAGACCUUUAAAGAUGUCCAGAGCAAAGUAGCUGCAGGCUGAUCUUGGUUUUGUCAGUUACAGAAACACUCCUUUCCUUUUUAGUUUGCUGCCUUGGAUAGAACGCGGUCUACAAAAGAUGGUGUGGUCUGUUUGUUUGUUUUAACUGCAUUGUUUUGCUGCAUUGAACUGCUUUAACGAGUAAAUAGUGAACGUUGGGUUUCAAAGUGCCUGUUCAGACCCCAAAGUCCAUUUGGCACAGAAUAGGGCGUCCACGCAAUUGUGUGAACAAGUGCAGAACUGGGAUCUUGAUUUUAUUUUAUCUUUUGGAGUUCAUACGCAAUUUUUGUUUAAAGCAACCGAGCAGCUUUCUAACUUCAGCCUGUAGGAGGAGCACAGUCUGGACAGCUGUGAAUGAAAACUUGUGGAAAACCUGCUGCCCUUUGAGCCCGUGUUGACUAAAAAGUCAGCUAGUUCAGUGUGAAAUUCUCACAGCUCUCCCUGUGCGAGUGCACAUGUGUUUCUUUGUUGGUGCUUGGGAUUUUCUAACUGGAUUUUAUUAUGAAGGGUUUUAGCUUUUUAGAAAUAGGCAAUUUUGGAGAGAUCUGGCUGCUGCUGAUUUAAUGGCAAAAAAACAAGCUGCUGUUAAUGCAGGUGUUGCUAUUUAUUAGAACCUUAGUAUUUAUUGCCUUGAUUGGCAGUUUAAAUCAAUGCAUAGUUUUAUAACAGGUCGAAGUGGGGGGAGGGUUUUUUAAAAAUAAGAAUGAAAAAUCUUGAUGUGGUAUUUGAAAGUUUGUUGUUCUUGCAUCUCAUAAUCAGAAUCUCCUGACUCCCUGGAGUGGUGUUUGUAAGAACCCAGAUGGGAAAGGUACUUCACCAAAAACAUCAACUAGUUUUGUUUUCUUGCUUCUGUAAGCAGAUCCUGUCUAAACCACUUUAAGCUUCCAACUUUUGUCUUCCCCAUAAGUGCAUAAUUGGACAUCCUUUUAGAGGUUUGGAUGCUUUUUGCAUUCCUUAAGAAACAGGUUUGGUUUUUGAAUAAUUCGGGAUUGUUAUGGGAUUAUCUCCUCUUUUCCUUCCUGUGGAGAGGUUUAGUUCAAGUCUCCUAUUUUGUAUGGGACUUUGAGGUUGUGGAAUCUGUGGUAGGUCUUGUUAGAAUUAGGAUCAUCUUAAUGGAAAUGUGGUUUCAAGAGAGUGAUCCUCAAGCAGCUAUUUCCAGUGUAUCUAUUUUUUUUUUAAUUAUAUUUUAGUUUCCCUCCCAGUUUAGUCUGACUAUUCUCAGGGACAGCCAGAGAAUGUUGUUGAACAGAGAUGAAUUGGGCCUGCUCUGUAACAAAAAACGUGCUGAUGUCAGACCCUGCCAAGGGGAUGCAAGUGAAGUCUAGCAGUAAUUUACUCUCCCGUACAAAACACACCAGGCUCUUCGAGGCACAUUAUAGAAGAGAAGUGUUACUGGAAGUGAGGAUCCCUGGAGCCAGUGAAACCAUCCUGGAGUAAUUAAUCAGGUUCAGUUUAUCUGGAAUCUUAGGUUUUAUUUUCUUGGCUCUUGAAGGAACAUAAGGGUGUCAAGUACGGCAGCCGAAGCACGCUGUCUCUGCAGCAUGCUUUUGCUAGAUAGUAACUUGGAGAGUAACCACGAACCUGGGCUUUCCUUCUGAAGACACAUUAGAAGGGAGGGAAAGGAGGGCAGAGAACACGCAGCAUAGUAAAAAAGCUCAAUUUGGAGAAGACAAUAAAUCUGUCCUAUACAUUCAAAUGCUUUUGACUCCUAUAGUCUAAUAUUUUGUGAGAUGAUUACCCAAGUAUUCCCAUGCCCACAAAGUCUCUCAAGUGGGCCUCUUCCAUUGAGUCACUUGGGGUCAGAUUUUGAUACUGUAAGAUGGUCACAUUAUCUUUACUCCACAAAUCGUAUUAAUCAUGGUGGAUUUGAUUUAAAGCAAAUUGAUUUAAAUCACUAGUCAGGAAGACUCGAUUUAAUCAUGGUUUUCUACAUAAAAGUGCAUUCUUGUUGGUUGUUGUAACCCUAAUACAUAUUCUCCACAACUCAGAGAUAGAUGUAGUUUUCAUUUUUAGAAGGUACACGCUAUACAUUUUUAAACAGUGAUUUAUUUUGAAAACUUUUCAGAUUAGUUUUACAACUAUAUCAGAAAACAAAUGAUUGUUUGGUUAUUUCAUUUACCAAAGGUAAUUGAAGCAGAUAUUUAUGAAGUCAUUGGGAGGUGAACUAUCUCCAAUUCAACAGGUUAAUCAUUAAUAUUUGGAGGAUUUUCUUGCCAGGCUGUAUUAGGAGGAGAACAUCACCAGACAGACAUUUAAAUGGUUUUAUUUAACUAAAACAACAAAGUUAAGUAUUCUGGAUUUUUUUCUUCAACAGCAAACAUAUAAUAUUUUAACAAAACAAGCGUAUGUCCCUCGCUUCUCACAUUUAUCUCCAGACUUCUUCUCCUUGUCCAGAUCUAUUCCGUCCCCAACAAGCUUCUAUUCAUUGAACUUUUUGAAACUUUGCACCUUUAGAGAGAGGUACGGAAUUGACUCUGUGUACACAAAUUUGCAGAGGGACAAUAGAGUUGAGGUCUAUUAUUUUUCACCUCUGUAUAUUAUUUAUUUAUUUUAAAAAAUUUUGCUGUUAACAAGCAUGUUACCUCUGGAGACACAAAUCCACAGUUUGAACACUGAAAAACUAAGCAUCUCUGAUGAUAUCCUCUAGACUGAGCACUGAGUCCCAUUGGGUAAAUAGAAAGAUUAAUCUAAAUAAUCUAUACAGAAGCCCCUGGAACUCGAUAAGAUUGGGUCCCUAAUCCAUGAACUAUUGGAACUCAUUUACAGAACUUUUCUUAAACAUUACGUGAAUAUAUUGUCUCACACUAUAAAAUUAGAAGUUAUAAUCCUUAUUCCAUGAUGAGAUAUCUUUGAGCUAUAAGGUAUCUUAAUUAAAACUAUCUUUAGAUAGGCUUUUUCCUCAAAAAGCAUUUUACCAAAAAAAAUCCGAUUUAAAUAAAAAAAAAUCAUAUAUUUUUUUUUAAAUCAUUGAUUUUUAUCCACCCUGGUAUUAAUGAUUGAGUCAUCCCAUUGAAGCCACAGAAACUGUUUGUGGAGUAAAGUGCUAAUCAGCGUGAGUUAUCAGCAUCUUGCCCUGAAAAAUGUACCAUUUUUGUCGUCUUAGAUCUUCCAUAAUACACUGACAUUUUUUGCUCUUACAGAUGUAGUUGACCUUGAGGAGCCAGAUCUUCAGCUGAUGUUAGUUGAUAGAGCAUCAUUGACUUCAGUGUAGACAUGGCAACUUACGCCAGCCUGGGGGCCUGUCCUGUGAUCUUUCUAGUCCUUUUGGAAUCCUCACAUCAGUGGCAGUAGUUUCACACGCAGGUCCUGGCCCCACAUUCUCCCCAGGAUAAAUCAGAAGUGAAUGCAACUGCUGAUAUAAACCCAUUGCAGGUGAGAUCAGAAUUGGGCCCUUCACUCAAUAACCAGAAUUAAAGCAUGUAUUGGAUGGUUUUAGGUCAGGCAGUGUGUGCGGGGGGGAAUCCCUGUGGGUGAUAAAUGGUGUCAAGGAUUUGUUUCUGACUCUGUAAGGCAGGUGACAGAUCUGGGCAUCAGGGUUUUGCUUCUGUCUGUGCAGGGCAGGUGAGGGCUCCUGGCAGGAUGUGAGGCAUUAUUGAGGAGCAAACGUGGAAGAUUGGUCCCUGUUGCAAGUGAGGGUGUCUCAGAGUUUGCAACAUGGAGAGGUGAGGUGAGAUGCAAAACCGAACGAUGCAAAAUAAAUAAUUUUUGUUUUUAUUAAUCUUGCAAAAAGAACAAAUUCGUCUUUGGUUUAGUCACGAAUCGAAGCUGAAUUGCAUUCUUUUUUAAGACAACUUUUUUUUCCCCAGCCCAGUGGAGACCUCAGUCAGAAUCAGGUUGUUUUGUCUCACAGAGCUGGCCUUGAGGAGAGGGUAUUAGCGCACCCAAAAGUGGAAAUAUUCAGUGAAUCUUUCUAAUGUUGCAACCUCUUUCCCAGGAAAAGCCUCAGAGCAUCUCUGAGGUAAGAUCUGGGUCACAAACUCCGGUGCCUGCACAGAGCUUAUUGCAGGAUCAGGGCCUUAGUUAAUAGCGUUACCUCACUAGUCUUCUGACCAAAGUAGAGUGGAGGGUUGGCACACUAGUUUAGGUUAUGGGACUUGAGUGGGAGGAGAGAGAGCUCCCUCAGAUUGAUUUGUUUUCUAUCUGGUUGUCCCCACUCUCUUUAUCAUGUGGGGUAUUUUUUUGUGGGACGACCCCAUCCCUCCUGCCUAUGCCUUGUAUCUUCCUGAAAAGCAGAACCUUAAAAACAGAGUGAAGAAAGCAGAUUUGUGGCAAGUAACAUCUCAUGCCCUGUAGGCCGUGGUUUCAAGAGCGCCUCAUUCAACAGCUUAGCAAUGUUACCAGGAUGAUGGAAAAUAUAUGUGGGGGAGAGGGGUGUUAGCUAGCCACUGGAGUGAUUGUGUGGGAGAUAAUAGACCAGACAAGUCUGAACUUCAGCAGCUGGCUCACAAGCAAAAAUGUCUCCUAGAAGAAUUCAUUAAAGGACAAGAAGUAAUUUUCUGGUGGAGCUUAUUUUUUUUAUUCUUAACAACAGUAAGCAGUUUAACGCAUCUCACUUAGCUGUUAUAGUGCAGUCUAUAAACGUUGGAACGGAUUAAACUUUUAUUACCUGCCAGAUUGUAAAAUCCAGUACUUCUUUUGCCAGAUACCAUUGUGUGUGCGUGUGUAUAUUUGCAUGCAUAUGUACUGGCUGAGAUUUAUAAAGUUACCUAAGAAAUAUGGAUGCCCACUUCCCAUCUAUGCAUGCCUGUAUGCCUCUAUAAUGUGUCCAUUGUAGAGACAUAUCUAUGUGCGUGAAUUAAUAGAAAUCGAGCAUACAGAUCCCUUCGAUGGCUUUGCACUUCUCAGCCAGUAUGUAAACGCUACAUGCACAUGCAUAUGUGCAGUAGAUUCUUUCCAUUAUUCAGUCCUGUAUUCCUGUGGGCCAAUGGUAAACUAAGAAUCUAGUGGUUUUAAAUGAUUUUACUCUUUCCCAUCCACCUUUCCCCCUUACCCCCAGCCCCAUCUAAUUAUCUUAGUUUAAACCAAUAAAUGUGUGUGCAGUUUGUAUGUUAAUAGCCUUAUGUUGGCCCCACUAGACUGUGUGCCAAUAGAACUGGCCAUUUCCCUGUAUCCAGAAAGAUGAUGACGGGCUCUGAUCCCAUGCCACUGAAGUCCAUGGGAAUUUUGCCACUGAGUUGGAUGGCUCCCUAAGCUAGAACUGAGUUGCUGCUUGCCGGUAGUGAUGGGAGAACCGAGCUGAAACCACAGAGUGUGAGCUGACGAGAGGGCUGGGGCCAAAAGGAGGCAGCAGUGGCUUUGCCAGCAACAGGAGAGAAUUGUACGACAGGAGCCAGAAAACACUUCGCGAAGGGGGGAGGAAGAGAGCAUGCUUUUGCUCUUCUCUUCGUACAUGAAAAACUAACUCUUUUACUUUAACAAGCAUCAAAACAAAAGCCCAUAGACUCUGCAGAGGGAACAUUGGCCAGGCAUGGCCAUAAAUCUCAGAGAAAACACUCAAGCCAAGAUGCAGUGAAACUGGCUCAUCUCGGCCCCCACCCUCUUAGAGAUGCAGUUCACCCCAUGCAGAGGGUCAUCUCAAGGCUACAUAGCACUUCUGAUCCACUUUAAGUGACACCCAGCAAUGGACUGGUCCUAGACAAAGGGGCGAAUGUCACCCUCAGUUUUCACGUGGGCUGCGGUGGCCUUAGCAGGUUGGUUUUGUUCUGUCUCUCUGGUUUUGGUCUGAGUUUGUCUUUGGUCCACUUGAUAUGUUUUUUUACCUGCCCUGAGCUCUGGGUGUAAAAUCAAGGUAUGGCUGAGUUUUGUACAGCUGCAAGCAGGUUGCCACUGCUUACAUAGUAAUACCUUAAACUUAACAGUUACUAUAGUAUCUGCUGAAGGAGUUUGAUUGGUGGCAAAUGCUCAGGACCAGGUAAAGAGCCAUGGUUGUGCAUAAGCAUUUCUAGCUAGAACUCACCAUCUUCUUUCACUAGCUACUCAAAACCCCCAUCAUAUGCCACUAGGGCAAUAUCACAAAAAUGGGUUCAUUCAUUUGUUUCCAGUUGCUGCAUGUUAUUGAUCAGUGAAAGGCAAUGUUUAUGCAGUAGGGUUUUUUUCAGCUUUCCAGUGGGAUGUUGUGGGUUUGGUACCAGCCUUCAUCAAUUACAAUAAUAGCUAAAUAAUAAUAAUUCUUACCAGUUUUUUUCUAAUCUGAAAAUGAACUAAUGCCAAGCUCCUAGUUCUCUUAGCCUUCAAGGGGAAUGCCACUGUGCUAAAAAGAGAAACCUCCACCAUUUUCCCCAGUCUGAUUUUUAUAGAGAUAUAACUGUUCUGAACACCAAUGUUCUUUAAGGCCCCAAUCCAGCAAAGCCUGUUUGCAAGCCUAUUUCCAUGCUUAAAACUAUGCACAUGCUUAAGAGUGGAUGCUGGAUUGCAGGGAAAUAGGGGGGCAUUUGAAUUGAGUGCAUCACGUGAAUAUGUACCACCUCUAAAAUGAACCCAGUCUCUAAACCUCAUACAUGUUCUUUUCACAUGAUCUGAAAGUGGGGUAAGUGAUUUCCCCUCUCUUUGGCCAAUACAAGCGUUUAGGGGCAUUUAACUGCUAGAAAAUUCUUAAUUCAGGCACUGGCUUGACAGUGGGCUUCUAGCUUUGUUUCUCCUCUAUGCUUCUCAGCUUGUUGUUACAGCCAUGUCAGCGAUGGGUCAGGCUAGCUGGUGCUUGUAUGGUACGUGUCAGUGACUGAUGAGUCAGGCUAGCUGAAAUUAAUCCCAGCUGUGAACAGUUGGGGGGAACUCUGUCUCAGUGGGUCCCUAUGACCUAUAUGCAGGGGGUCAGGAGGGUGCACGUUUUGGAAGUCAGCCAUCAAAAGGCUGAAGUCGGUGUAAUUAUACCAGAUGUGGCCUGGUAUCUUUGGUUUUUUGCAUUUCCUGUGAUGUAGCACAGGGGAGCCAAAGAGGGGCAAUUUAUGGGGACCACGCUUCCCAAAAUGCAGGGGUUCUGGUUUUAAUCCCAAAGCAGAAGGCCACUCAGACCAAGCUGGGUCUGAUAGUCUCCAUAGGCUACGGUGACCGUUAAAGAUUAGGGUCAGAUGUUGUCUUCUCCUUUUUAGGCAGAUUAGGCUGAUGCUCUUGGCAAAUUGUCAGUAUAGCCCUUGCGUAGGCAAAGCUGGGGCAUCAGUUAUCUGAUACCUUGCACUAUACACUCCUGACAAUGCUGAGACUCAAAACAUAGUAUUAAAUGCAAGAUUUGGUGACAGGACAGUUCCCCUUUGCAGUAGCCACAAGAUCCCUCUGUGUAAGAGCUGAUCUCUUUCGACCUGCAAUAUCUAAAACAGUGUUGCCAAGCUCUCCUAAUACUGGGUGGGUUUUGUUCUUAAAGCCCUGGCUGUAUUCAUGUGAAUACAUGAGAAUCUCAGCUUCCAUUUUUUUAAAAAUAAGUUUUACCAGUCUUGGUUGGGCAGAAAAGCUUGUCAAGGUGACCUGAGUCCACCCAAAAAGCUCUGAAACCAGAAGGCAAAGAAAAAGAACCCCAAAUUUAUCAUUUUUAAAAAAAUUCUGACAUUCCAGACUCAUGAUUUUUGAACGUGUGAGGUUGGCAAUACUGCUAAAACAAAAAUCCUUAUGUAAAAAGCUUCCCCCUCCUCUCCACCACCUCCCGUAUACGUCUGGAAAAGCAGAGAGCUUUACCCUUCAGCAAGACUAGGAUGUGUGUUAGAAGAGAGAGAUCCUGAAGCGAAACCCAUCGUCUGGAGCACACACAGGUGUGCCAGAGCUGUUCUAGACCGUUCCUUGGUUAACCUGCAGCACUAUGCUUCUAUUUAGCUAGUCUUGUCUUGAAGAAAUAAUUGAAUUUUGAAUGUCUCUUUUCUGCCAGCUGUUCUCCAUGUUUUCCUUUUGUGUUUUUGUGCGUGUGUGGUGCCAUUUCACAUAUGCCGAGGUGAAAUCCAGUCAGUCAGUAUUCAGGGACAUCUCAUUGGCAGAUGUGUUUGCUUGUUUGUAGGUUAAAAAAGACAGUUCUGCAAUAGAAACUUCCAGUUUUUCCUUGUAUGUUGGGAAUGGGUAACGUCUGCUUUGAGGUGAAGGCCUAGGCUUUACUUCUGUUGUGCAUUUCAUUUUAAAAAAAUAACUUCCCCUCCCUCAAUAUCAUCACCACCACCACCGCAUCCCUCCACGGUUGCUCAUUCUCAAAUCGGCAGGUUUUGGUGACUAAAGAACGUUCUGUCGCAGCAGCACUGGGCUGACCAUUAGAACUCCAAGGGCCCGAUUCUCAUUUACACCAAAGUCACUUUACGCCAUUCUGGCAAUGUCAAGGGAAAUUCAAAUGGGUGCUGGCUACAUUCACGCCCACUUUAAAGCCUCGUAGCCCUGCCAGAGCAAUGAAAAAAGGGGCCUUCGUAUCAACGAAAAUGAGACCCCAAGGCUCUUUGCUAUUCCCAUCUUCCUCUGGGUUUCUAUUUGCUCUGACUUUGUAAACGUAUACUGUAGCGUCGGGGGCAGGAGAAUACAUUUAUUGGUUUUGAGGUGGGGGUUGUUUUUUAAAACUUCUCUGGGGGGAUAAGAAUGUCCAUUUUCCCAUUGUUUUUGAUGGCCUCUUCGAGUGCAAUUCUGAAAAUAUUUCCCACUGCAAAGGCAAUCCUCGUUUGUCAGCAGAUUUCCUAUAGGCGUGGGAAAACCCACUGCUAAUAUUAAUAACAACAUAGGUCUUAAUCCUGCAAUUGAUGGUAGGUGACCGCUGCUAUCAGUUACAGGAUCUGUGGCCUUAAGCUGCAGUUCAAGAGCAGAAUGCUGACCGCCCCUGCUCCACUUUUGAAGUCAGUAGCAAAAUUCCCAUUGACUUCGGUGGGACCAGGACCCAGCCCUCUGUCCCAUUGACUGUCUCUCUUCAUUCAUAACCCCCUGUGCUUUACCUGUAGUAACUGAUGUUCACUGCGGUCAUUAGAGGCACUGAGGAAGGACUGGGGACUUGUUUCAUCACAUGCCAGAUACUGUGCUGGGCUUAGAGUCGGAGUCUGGGAAGGGGUAGUCCUAGAGGCUGAUAGUUUGUUGGCGCUGGCUCUAAUUCUGCAGCGUUUCCUUCCAGUGCAAACUCCUUUCUACGUUAUUUUUUAGGAGGUCAACCAAAACUAGGCCCUCGAACCCACAAGGCUGGUGUCAGACUGUAAUGACAGUGUUCCCAUUGAGUGAAUGGGCCAUGCCUCUUCAGUGUUCUCUAACACUACCCUUGGAGGUCAUGUAUUUAAUGCACCGGCUCUCAGAGCCAGAUGCUGUAAACCUUUACUUGUGUGAGUAGUUAACCUUGAUGGCUCCAGUAGGAAUAUGGAGGGCCAGUCCCGAGGUCCUUGGUGGGCCUAGGCCUGGUAGAUGGAAUUUUGAACUUUGGGGGGGGGGGGGCCCUGAAAUCCUGUUUCUAAGUCUGAGGCAAAGAAACCUGAGAGCAGGGCUUUGUGGAGCGGGCUGUAUGUCAGAUUUUCCCAACAUCGGUGUUACUUUGCUUCAAACAGCUCGACCCUAGGCUGCACCUUGAGAACUUUCAUUUGGAUGGGCUAUUUUAAUGGAAUGACCAUGCCAAUUCUUAGCUGAGCAUUUUGGGACAGACACUGGUGUAGAACUUGAGAGAACCCCCUUGCAGUCAGACCCCCUUGUAAACUCUAUUGCAUUUAGCAGAGUUACUCCAGAUUUACCCUAGUGUAACUCACAUCAGAAUCUGGCCCUUUCCCUAGGGCAUUUCGCUGUUAAUGGCCAUUUUAUUCCUGUUGUGACUUACUUGAACAGGGCAUUGAUUACUCUUUUUCUUGAAUUAAAAAAUCCAGCCCUGGUCCAAAUUACUGCUAAGCAGACUGAAGCAGACCAUAGUUAGGAGGCUGUUGUGUGGCUCAGGUUUUCUGGCAAAUAACCAGAUCAGAGAAAUUCUCAUUCCUAAGCCUUGCCAACCCUAGGACCUAUGGCCGGUCACCCUUCCCACCUUGUGCUUCAUUCAGCCGAGUUGGAAAAUUGGGAUAAACACCACUGAAAUCUCCAGAGACUCCUUGAACACAAUGCAUCUGAGCUGAACUUUCCUGUAUAACUUAAUCACCAGUAUGAUACGUUCAAGCCCUAAAUGGCAUCUGAAUUUUUGGCAAACAUUCCUGGUGCUGAAAGCAAAAUUGUUGCUGUUAUCGUACAGUGGGGUGUGGGGGACUGGGGGUGUGAAAAGAAACAUUUGGUAACACGGCCUUGUUUAUUUCCAUUGUGUUCUGUCUUUGCUGGUGUCUUGCAGAAACGGGAAUUUACAAAGCCGUUCCUUAAUUGGAACCAUCUUUUUUUUUUUUUAAUUGGG